UAUAGAGAAGAAGAAAAAAGUAUAUGGAUGUAUUUAAUGAAUGAGGGGAGAAAGAAAUAUGAAAUCGUGGGGCGAGGGGGCGAGUCGAGGGGCGGCAUGUAUUUUCCAUAUUUUUUAAAAAAUUCUUGCGGUGUGAGCGUGUGAGUGUACGAGUGUGUGUGUGUGAGUAUAAUUGCCGUGCGGGCCGUCACGCUAGGCUAGGAUCGGGUCCCGCCUCCAGAGCCAACCCACCGCCUCUUCGGAGAGGCUUACUGCGCCUGUCAUUGGACUACCGUGGCCCACGUGACCGGCCAUCAUCCUCUUCAAUGGGAAAGAAACAAAAACAAGCCGACUCGCUAACAGUAACUACGAACAUACACGUAACAAUCGUUUCCUAUUUCUGGUCCCAGGCAGAUUUCGCGGGUGUUUAAACUGGACUCAAGUAACCAAACAAAAAAAAAUAAUUAAUAUACAACAAUAUAUAAAGAGGAAUUAAGGAAAGAAGAGAAUUCAUCUUCGUGUUUUUGAAAAUAAAAAUUAUUUGUUCUUGAGUUGUUCGGACAAGUCCAGGUGCUGGUGCUCGUUUCUUUUUGGUUGUAUAUACCGUGUGCGGAUGGUACAGUGUGUUAUGCGGUUUGUGUAGAUGCGAAUUAGACACCCUCUCCGGAUGCCGGCGGGACACUUGGAGGAGGAGGAUUUCGUAGUGGUCAAGACGCGGUCGACGACGCCGGAAGGACCCGGGGCCGCCGGAUUCUGGCUGCCCGGGGCCCAGACGCACCCGCUCGAAGGAUGCAACGAGUCGGGAUUCAUCAACAGUCAACCCUCGAUGGCCGAAUUCAUGACGGCCCUUCCGCAUCUUCCGAGCGCCGCGGAGAUGCAGCCGCAGAUCUCACCUCCGCAGCUGACGCCACCAGGUGCAGGCCCUUAUCCGAUGGACGUACCGCACGGCCUCGGAUCACCAGGAGUCAACGUGCCGGAGUAUCCGUGGAUGAAGGAGAAGAAGACGACGAGGAAGAACAGCCAGCAAGAUAAACGAAAGAACGGCUUGCCACGGAGAUUGCGGACUGCAUACACUAACACCCAAUUGCUCGAGCUGGAGAAGGAGUUCCAUUUCAACAAAUACCUUUGCAGGCCGAGGCGGAUCGAGAUUGCAGCGUCCCUAGAUUUAACAGAAAGACAGGUGAAAGUGUGGUUCCAGAAUAGAAGGAUGAAACAUAAAAGGCAGAGCUUGGGGAAGGGCGGAGAUGAGGGUGACGAUAAGGAUUCGGUUACUAGUGAAGGCGGGAAAAGUGGGAAGAUCUCGGAUAAGUUCCUGGACGAUGAGAUGGCUAAGAAGAGCUGUCAGGGAUGCGAGAUGCCGACUGCGGGAUUGUGCGGGACGCAGCACGAGGAUGUUCCUGAUAUCGGGGCGAAUAGGGGGAACAACAAUAAUACGCCGAGCGCAACCAAUAAUAAUACUAGCUUCAACAACAAUAGUAACGGGGCUAGUUCGGUGGCGAGCUCCGGGUCUUUUGAUAAGAUGAUCGAGGAGGAUUCAAGGUCUAACGAGGAUAGCGGAGCUGUUAGGAUUCCUAAGAAGGUCACGGUGAAGGUGGAGAACAGGAAGAGCUCUCCGAACGUGGAUAAAAAGACGGCUUUGAGUAAGACGUCUCCGAAAGAUGGUUUGCUGGAGCCGGCGAAGGCCGCGACGAAAGUGUUAGCUCCUGGACACCCGAGUCCUUUAGGUACCAGCAUGAUUUAUCCGCCGUUGCAAAGAGCGUCUCCGACGACGGCAACAGCUAUUGCCUCAGCAACUGUUACGAUACAGAACGUCCCGAACACCAUCCCACCGUUCGCAGCAAGAGGUUCCAACUCCUUCCCAAAUCAGUACCAGAUGCCGCAGCAGGAUUACAGACAAUCGCAGCAGAAACCGUACAUCCAAACGACCGGUUACAACACCGGAGAAAUGCAGUACGACGUUGGAGAAGGACAAUCUUACGUUAGGAAUCAGGGCAGGAUGAACGCCAGGAACAGGCAGAACUACGGCUACCAGAACCAACAGCACUACUACAACUACAACAGCAAGGAGUAUCAGAUGAACAAUCAGAACUACACGCAGGGUUACGAGAACUACAACCAUUACGCGUAUCCAUCGACGGGGAUGUAUCCCAGCGAGGUUACCGAAGGAAUGAACGCUCAUCACGGUAUGAGCCACGAAGGCUACUACACCAACAACGACAACAUGCAUUCCAUGCACAAGGUGCAGAGCGCCGAGUAUCCAGCGAAGGUCGGUUACUACGAGAGCAACAGCUACAACAACUCCUCGGCCACAGAAUCGGCAACCUACAUGCCCACGGAAAUCUAUCCUAAUGCGAACAACGCUGCUGCUGCUGCAGCCACCGCCGCCAUAAUGACGCCACCAACAAGUGUGCAGACGGACUCGAGCGACAACUACUCCAACUCCAACUUCCAUCAGUUCUAUCCCACCGAGCCCAACCAGCAGACCCAGCCGCAGCAACCGCAACCGCAGGGCGACAACAGCAACAGCUCCUCGGACUUCAAUUUCCUCAGCAACCUGGCCAACGAUUACACCCCCGAAUACUAUCAAAUAUGAUUCUAGUGCAAUCCCCCAAAAAUAAAAAAACGAAAUCCCCCCAAAAAAUAAACAGAACUCCUUGUGAUUCAUCUAAAUAUCUAAGUAAAGAAAAAAAUAAAAUAAACACACUCACGCUCUAACCAAGACACCCUGUAUAAAUAAGUGAUAUGAUGUAGCUGUAACAUAUAAAAAAAAACAACUAGACAAUCCUUGCUUCUCCUUUGAACUUGCAGUUCAAGUAAAACAAAUUAAACAAUCGGAUUAUCACCAUCAUUAUGAUUAUUUCCACUAUUAUUAAACAUAUUUGACUGUACAGUAACUUAGU